CUGCAACCAGACUCCUGUUGCUAUAAAUAACUAGGUACAAAAUAUAACCAAUAAGAGCAAGGGUCACUCAGAGCCUGGUUGCAGUUUGCACACUUCGAUACACAGCAUAUCAUUGCCAGUAUCGUAAGAAGUUUCAAAGGAGGUGAACGCAAAGCCGGGAAGCAAAGUAGCAGUCAGCAGUCAGGAAUCAGACAUCAGACAGGACCAUGAAUACAUAGUCGCAAUGUGUUUGUUGGCAUGCGCAUGCGUGAGCUUGACGUACGGAGAAAGCUCUUCAAAUAUAGAGGAGAGUAAUCAAUAUGAAGUAUUCGCGAGAAACCUGUUGAUGCGUCUCCUUACAGAGGAUACCCGAGGAUCCGCAGAUGGAUCCGCAAAUUGGGCAGAAGGUAAAAGGGAAGACUUGGUAGAAUCCGACCUGCUUCUUCAAGAGGAAACCCGAUUUGCAUCUGAACUGGAAUCUCUCGAGCGGGCUAUCGAAAACACCAAGAAACAGUGGACAAAUGCUGGAGACGAUUGCAAAUUGCCAGAUGGUACCAUGUGUGUAAAUUAUAAUGAAGCCAGAAGAUGCUGUAAGUGCUCUAAACCCACCUGUAUGCCUAAAUGCAAAGAGGAUACCGGGUGUUGUAUCUACAGAUCUUACAGAACCGUCUACAACAGUUGUGAACCAGUGAGAAAGUAAAAUUUUACGACAGACUUAUACCUUUACACGUAUUCAUUCAGUUUAGGAUUUGUACGACUUGUAUGUACAUGUAAGGUUGAGCAUUUAUCUUUGAUAUCAUCAAAUAUCCAUUAAUGACCAUUUUUAGUUUUAGAAUUAGACUGUUGUCAUCUUUUUGAAUAAAUUGUUAGUAUUUUCAAAGGAAAAUACAACUUAAACAUCCAUAGCACA